CAGCCAGCCAAGGGACCAGGUGGUUGGUGUGACUAACGCGCAGAUAGUCGGACUUGCCUCCUUUGUGGUAAAUUGGUCAUUGAAACCUGUUACGAAUUUGCUGUCAAAGCAUCCUCCCUCCUUCCUCCUUUCCAUUCCUCAUCCUAGAAGCGCGUUUGGGAGUCACGUCGGAUUACACCAUGUAGAGUAACAGGACAUCACAGCACACAUCCUCUCGUUGCGAAUUGGUGUCCAGACACAUAGCAGCUACCCGCGACGUUGGAGCAGCCGUCUAGUGGUACAUGCCUUCAUCGUAGUUGAGGGGUUUUCAAAAGCUUGGCCAUGUUCGCUCGUCAGCUCCUACCGUUUCUUGUUCUAACGUUGGUCAAAGCUCAACAGCAGCCGCUUCUCCUGCCUGGGUCCUGUAGCUUCGAGUUCAGCACUUGUGGAUACACAUCGGAUCCCAAACAUGCCACAUGGACUGUCAACGAAGAAGGCCGCUUCAUCACAGCUGACGCGGCCCUGAUGGGGCCAAAGGAGAAGGCCGUGCUCCAGGGCCCGGAGAUGGAGCCCAUGGAGUGGGGCUGCCUGCGCAUGGUCUACCAGAUCACGGGCAAGGGCUCGCUGCAGCUGCACCUGCGGCCCUACGGGGAGAACUUCGACUACACCCUCUGGACCUCCGAGAGGACCUCCGACAGCUGGCUCAUCGCCAGCAUCGACCUGCGCAACACCUCCCAGCCAUUUCAGCUCUUAAUGGAAGGGCAGCCGGGCAGAGAGGCAGGCAACAGCGUGGCCAUCUUUGAAAUCCACAUAGUACCUGGAUUCUGCAUAGAGUGUGACUUUGAGGAGCACCACUUGUGUGGCUACAGCAAUCAGUGGAAUCCCAAUGUGAACUGGUACGUGGGAGGCAGCCUCGCUCGCGACCCUCAAUCCGACCUGCCAGAUGAUCACACCAUGCACAAUGAAAGAGGACACUACAUGUACGUGGACUCAGUCUACGCCAAGAAGUUCCAGGAAGUGGCAAAACUGCUGUCGCCGAUGACGACCACCCCCAUGUCGGGCUGCCUGUCGUUCUACUACCAGCGUAACCAGGCGCGGGGGAACUACUUCUCCUUGUUGACCCGGGACGAGCUGGGGCACUUUGAGGAGCUGUGGAGGCCGGACGCCUACGACACCAGAGACUGGAAGCUGGAGCAGGUCGACAUCAAGGCCCCACACCCGCUGGAGGUGGUGUUCGAAGUGGCUUUCAACAGUCCACGCGGUGGUUACGUUGCCAUUGACGACAUAUCCUUCUCUUCAGAGUUCUGCCACUCGGAGACAGACCCGAACUUUGACCCCUCCACUGCCAACUGUGAUUUUGAGGAGGGUUUCUGCGAGUACAACCAGGAGAAGAUCGGAGGCUCGGUGUGGAACAGGGUCAAUGUGAAGCCCAACGUGUACCGGGUUGGGGAUCAUACAACCGGAGCUGGCUCCUUCCUCCUGGCCAACACCCGCUCCACCUCUCUCCCUGGUUACGUGGGCCGCCUUCACGGUCCAGUGUUACCCGGCAACCACAAGUAUUGCCUGAGGUUCUACUACGCCCUGCACGGCUUCGUGAAGAUUGACAACUCCCUGGCUCUCUACAUCUAUGACGACAACAAUGUGGCGCAGGAGAAGGUGUGGACCGUGACGGAGAGCUCCAGGGACGUUUGGACGGAAGUGGACCUGACCUUUCAGAAGCCCAUGCCCACCAAGAUUGUGUUUGUUACCAUCUGUCGGAACUUCUGGGACUGCGGCUUGGUGGCUCUCGAUGACAUCACGGUGACAAUUGGAGACUGUCGUGUCACAGCUGGGCCUCUGCGGCCAACUCCAGGCCAGUGCAACUUUGAGCAGGACGAGUGCGGCUACACGCAGGAGAAGAAGCAGCGGGUGUCCGUGAGGGGGGGAGGGUGGCUGCGCAUGCAGGGCCAGACGCCCACCUCCUACACGGGGCCCAAGGGGGACCACACCUUAGGGGUAGGGCACUAUAUGUACAUCGAGGCAUCCCAUAUGAUUCCGGGCCAUUCCGCCCGCCUAUUGACCACAGAGCUGCGUGGCGUGGACAGCCCCCAGUGUCUCAUCUUCUACUACCACAUGUACGGCUCCGGCACGGGCACCCUCAGUGUGUUCCUGCGUCGCCACGACAACCGCCACCGCUACCUGGACCUGCGCUACCGCGACUCGUUACUGUGGAGACGACAGGGCGAGCAGAGUAUCUCCUGGAUGCGGGCCAUGGUGGACUACUCGUGCUACACAAAGCACCAGAUUAUCUUUGAAGCAGUGCGCGGGGCCUCAAUAAGAAGUGACAUUGCCAUUGACGACAUUGUGUUUAAACAAGGACCGUGCAAAGCGGAUAGCGGUGACACUUUCCAAUACUCUGGAUUCUCGGAAAACGUCAAUGAGAUCGAGUACUAAACGAGCUAUAUGCACUGGAGGAGUAAUUGCGUGCUGGUGGGUGUGUGUUUGGUGUGGUACGGUGCGUGGUGACUAGCGUGUCACAGACACAGAUGGGAGGUCAGCUUAAGCCACUUUUACCUAGAAUAGAGCAAUGUCCAGUUGAACAAACAAAAGACACCCUCAACUUGCACAACGGGGGACAAAGGAAUAGGUCUAACCCUGUUCCCACCAAUUACUUUUGAUGAUGAAGGAUAGGAUGAUAGCCGUGGAUCAAACCAUCCACUAAGCUGUAGUUUAGAAUUGGAGGAUCCGGUGACUGGUUGAGCAUAAUGUUAUACAAGCAAAUGGCUACGACAUGUAUGAGCAUUGCAAGUGUUGCUUGCUAUAGUGACAGCUUGCAGAGUGUUGCUGGAUGGUGAUUUAAACAUUGAAUGACCCCUAUUACGUAAAAACCCAACAAUGAACACUUGUAUUUAUUUCUCAUCAUGUCUGAGGAGAAAUGUGUCACAAAAGCUUACCGUAAGUGAAGAGGAUGUUUUUGUGUGGGCUGGUUGUUAACUAAAGAGUGUAAAUGUUACGGUACACAAUGUUACACUUUUAAAUAAUUGUUUUCAUGUUUUUUUUUUACACAAAUGCGACGACAUGUUUUAUUUUUGAAAAUAUGAUCAUCACGGAAACAACUUUUGUGAGCUCCAGUUAUGGGGACUUGAGAAAUGCCAAGAGAUGCCUAAAUCUAUUUCAGUUUUCUAUAUAUAAAAAAGCAAACAUAUGGACAUCACAUGAUACUGUCAGAUUUUCCAAAACUCAAACGACAACAGGUGAAACCCUGGACUGCUGUUAAUAAUUGCAAUAUCCAUUAGUCAUUUCAUCAAUCUGUUUUUAAUAAAACUGUUUCAACAAUGAUCGGCAGUAAUGUGUGUGU